AUGGCGAAAUCUGCAAGGGCCUCUGUGGUCAAGAAAAAUCACCGCAAUCUUCGCGCCAAAGUGUACGGUCCUGCGUCUGAUGCUCGCACUGCUAGAUUAUCUGCAAAACUUCAAGAGCUGGCAGCCAAACCGAAACCAGAGACUGAGAAGGCCAUGGACGUAGAUGACAAUGCAGAGCAGGCUGCGGGAGAUGAGCCUCGCAGCACCAACUCCGAAGGAAUGGAUAUCGAUGCACAAGGAGCAGGCAUGAAGCCCGUCAAGUCAUCCAAGGCCCGAAAUCAAGCCAACCGCAAAACGCACAAGGUCUCCAAGAGGAAAUCCAAGAACUCGGUCGUUUUCGCAUCAGAAAUCGCUAGGAAGAACAAAAUGGCGAGACAGAAGACCAGACGGUGA